CAAAUCACGUGGUUUAUCAUAUGACUGCAUCCUAUGAUAGUUGCUGUAAACUAUUGUCCCACCGGUGUCGCACAAGAUGAGGUCGAUUUUGAUUGUCUUCUCCGUUCUUUUGGUUGCAGCAUGUGUAUCUGCAUUUCAGAGAAUCAAACUACACAAGUUUGACAAAACAGUUCGUGAGACUUUAUUAGAAAAAGGAACAAGGGUAGAAAGUUUGAAGAGGAAAUACAGUCGGUUAAUCACAGGCCCUGAACCAGAGCCUCUGUCUAAUUAUAUGGAUGCUCAGUACUAUGGUGUGAUUGGAAUUGGCUCACCUCCCCAGCAGUUUAAGGUCAUCUUUGACACUGGUUCAUCAAAUCUCUGGGUUCCAUCAAAGAAAUGCAAACUGUCUGACAUUGCUUGCUUGCUGCACAAUAAAUAUGACAGCACUAAGUCCUCAACUUAUAAAGCUAACGGAACAGAUUUUGAGAUUCGCUACGGAACAGGAAGUCUGAAGGGUUUCUUAAGCACCGACACUGUAACGAUCGGAGACAUCAAGGUACAGCACCAGACAUUUGCUGAGGCUACAGAGCAGCCAGGAAUCACAUUUGUGGCCGCUAAGUUUGAUGGAAUCCUGGGUAUGGGCUACCCCCAAAUCUCAGUAGAUCGUGUGUUACCAGUCUUCAAUAACAUGGUCAAUCAGAAACUGGUUCCAGCACCCAUCUUUUCUUUCUACCUAGACAGAAAUCCUAGUGGUAAAGAAGGUGGUGAGCUUAUUUUGGGAGGCAGUGAUCCUAAAUUCUACUCCGGUAACUUCACCUAUGUUAAUGUGACCCGACAAGGUUAUUGGCAGUUCAAAAUGGACGGAGUUAAGCUGAAUGGUAAAACCACUAAAUACUGCUCGGGAGGCUGUAAAGCUAUAGCUGAUACCGGAACCUCUCUAUUGGCUGGCCCAUCAUCAGAAGUCAAGUCACUCAAUGAAGCCAUAGGAGCAAAACCAUUCGCAGCUGGAGAGUACACAGUAGAUUGUUCAAAGAUUCCAAGUUUACCUCCACUUAGCUUUACCUUAAAUGGAAAAGAUUUCACUCUACAAGGCAAAGACUACAUAUUGACAGUGACUGAGAUGGGUCAAACAAUAUGCUUGAGUGGUUUUAUAGGUCUGGACGUACCUGCUCCAGCUGGACCUCUGUGGAUCUUAGGAGAUGUUUUCAUUGGCGCCUUCUACACAGAAUUUGAUAUGGGCAAGAACCGCGUCGGAUUUGCCAAAACUGUUAACUAAAUAUAAUGGUUUUGAUCUAGAAUGUCGCAGUUCAGAACCACAUUUUGAUAUUACAGUUCUAAGAGUUGGUGUGUGUUCACUUUAAAUAGAUUAGAGGGUAGAAGUUAUGGAAUGUUUUGUGAAGUACAUACAGGAUGAUUUGUUUAAAAGCAGUUUGUCAGAUACAUUCCUCUUAGAUCUCACACAAUUACAGAUUUGGAAAAAGGACAGAUAUUUCCAUAUCAAAAUCUAUAUGGAUACACAAUACACAUACACACUGUAGAUUCUUUAGAAUGGUAGACAUCAAAUCUCGAGAAUAUGAAUUCCCAGUUGCUCUUUUGAAUAAGAUCCUUAACCUGUAUUUCAGUAAUAAAAGUAAAAUUGAAUUUUAAAGGGAUUAUUUCUUGUGAAUACAUAUCACAAUUUUGCUUGAAUUUAGGAAUCUACAUUAAGUUUACUCUAUCCCUUAACAAUAUAUAGACCAUUUGUUAGUAUUGUUCUUAGCAGAAGAGCAGCUUGAGAAGCAUAUUUGGAAUGUCUAUGCAGAUGAAAGUGCUUUAUUUUAACUAAUAUUAGUUAUCGUACAUUCUUACUAACAAUUCUUUAUUUCUGCUUCACCUAUUUAAGCUUUCAGGUGUGGUUUGGUGAUUAUGUAAUCUUGUGUUAGAUUUUCUGCAUGGAGUGGUCAAUGAUUUUCUAACUUAGUAGCGACUCCUGUUGUUUAGCUCUCUGACACCAAACCAGAAUCGGAAUUAAUAUACUGAUGAAAUUCCGCUCUAUCGAAGCUGCAGAAUUCUUGUAGAAAAGCAUUUCAUCAUUUUUCAAUCUCUUAAAUUUAUUAAAAGAAAUUUUAAUUACUAAUAAUACUCAAAGACUUUUGCAAAAUUGAAGAAAAUUUAAAUUUUCUUAGGAGAAGCAAGAGAACACUUGGAGCAUAAUUGGAGUGGGCUACAGAAAAAAAGCUUAGCAUUUGACAUCACUAUUUAAUUAGUUGUAUUAAAGAUAUAUUUGACUUGAUACUUAACUAAUGCAUGUUUUAUUUAAUUUAAAAAAAGACUGAGUUGAUAUAUCAAAUGCUUAAUUUACAGCUUUUUUAAAAAUAAUUUUUUUCUCAGUAUAGAAAGCAAAAACUGUAUGCUUGGUUUUCUCGUAUUGGAGCCUGCAUGUAAAUAAAAAAGUUCUCAAUGGCGAGUGGUGCUUGUUUGGGAAGAAACAGUGCCAUAAUUUUGAUUUAUCAAAAAUGCUUAAAAUCACAUGCAUGACAAAAUAGUAGAAAUACUAGUUUAAUAAGUUAUUCAUGUGUAUUUUGUACGUACAUGUAGUUUGUUUGCUUCACGUCUAUAUAAUAUCGCCUGGCAGAGCCUCGCUGUUUGCUACCCUAUAUGUAAACGAUUCUUAUGGACUAGAAGUUGUAAUAUGUUUGUCUGCAUAUUUUCAUUUUGCAUGACAAGUUUUGCACGCUUUUCAUGUAUUUUGCAAUGUGUGCAAAUCACCACCACUAAACGUUGCACUAAUAUCUCCCAUUCUCUUUAACUUCUUCAAAUCCAUUAACCAGGUUUCACAACAAGGGCAGACUAUUUGCCUGAGCGGUUUCACGGGUCUUGAUGUACCUGCCCCUGCGGGCCCCUUAUGGAUUUUGGGGGACGUUUUUAUUGGUCGAUUUUACACCGAGUUCGAUCUUUCAAACAACCGAGUGGGAUUCACCAAU